ACUGGAGUACCAUGUUUCAGGAUUCCUUCUACCACCCUGACAGACUGACUGAUGUCAACAGAGCAAAGUCACGUCCUCGGGUUGUGCCCGGGUCAGAUGAAUUUAUCUGCUCAGUGUGCCACAAGAGUUUUCCACUGCAGCGUAUGUUGACCCGCCACCUCAAAUGCCACAGCCUGGUGAAGAGACAUCCCUGUCGUUUCUGUGGCAAAGGAUUCAAUGACACCUUUGACCUUAAAAGACACAUGCGGACACAUACAGGAAUCAGGCCCUACAAGUGUGACCUUUGCGAGAAAGCGUUCACACAGCGCUGCUCGCUGGAAUCCCACAUGAGGAAGAUUCACGGCAUUUACCAGCAAUUCGCCUAUCGCCAGAGACGCUCCAAAAUCUUUGUGUGUGAGGACUGUGGGUUCACCUCCAGUCGCCCGGAUGAAUACUUCCACCAUGUCAGACGGUACCACCCAGACAGCCCUGUCCUGCGCAGGUAUUACAGACGAGAAGCUCAUGAGGCGGGGUCCUUUGUUUCUGUUGGGUGUAAAGUCAGUCCUUUUCUCAUGUACUCUGCCCCGCGGUACUACGUCUAG